CGCGAGCAUCCGUAGGGAAGACGAUCGAGCGAGGAGCGAAGCGUGUCACAAUCGUGCUCGAGUGCGUGUGAGACAGUGUGACGAUGAGCAAGCGCCGGAAUGAUUUACUGUUCUCCGCUACCGUCGCCGUCGCAGUCGAUGGCCGUGCUCUGUAAGGAUCAGUGCGUCGUGCGCGAGACUCGGCCGUGCUAGGAGGCCCGACGAGAGCGGCGACUACCGGACGACGAGACGACGAUAUGAUCGCCCUCGAGAACGUAGGAUCGCGGCGCCGGGACUGGAAAUAAACGAGUUCCUCGCUCUUAGCGCUACUGGCCCCCGCAAACACGCACCUCGGGCAUGUCACGGUGCAUUUGAGCCAAAAUGGCAGCCACUUUAACCGUCGAACAGGAGCAAGCCACGAAGGAAUUUAUAGAAGCUGUAAACAAGUGCAGAGCUGGAAGACGAGCUGGUCCAGUGUCCUGGAGCACGGCGGUGAAAUUCUUAGCGGCGCGGAAAUUCGAGGUUCAACGUGCCCUAGCCCUGUACGAGCAGCACGAAGCUACCAGAAGAAGAGAGGGUCUAGCAGUUCUGCAUCCUACUCAGGAACCUUUACUCAGCGAAUUACGCACAGGAAAGUUCACUGUCCUGCCAUCAAGAGACGCAACAGGUGCAGCGAUAGCUAUUUUUACAGCGCACUUACAUCUUCCACAAAAUACGACGCACCAGACAACUCUGCAGGGUGUGGUGUACCAAUUAGAUGCGGCUCUCGAAAGCGCAGAGACUCAGAAGCAUGGUCUAGUUUUUAUUUAUGAUAUGUCUGACAGCAAGUACCAGAAUUUUGACUAUGACCUGUCGCAGAAAAUUCUGACACUUUUGAAGGGUGGUUAUCCGGCGAAACUAAAGAAGGUUCUGAUAGUAACGGCGCCGCUGUGGUUCAAAGCGCCUUUCAAGAUCCUCCGAUUAUUCGUUCGUGAAAAACUGAGGGAUAGAGUGUUCACCGUGUCUAUCCCUCAGCUGACGUUACAUAUUCCCCGGGAGUCGUUACCACAUCGUUUAGGCGGCACGUUGGAGGUACAGCAUGAAGCAUGGCUACUUCAUUGUCUUAAAUCCAUGACAAACCGAGGCGGGGGUGAACUGUGCGAGGUCACCCCGAGAGUGGGUACACCUGUCUCGCCUACGGCGAAGAAUCAUACAGUUCUUCAGAAUCCCAAUGGGACUACGCACAGUAACUCGACUAGUCCUAUAAUCGAUAAGAACAAGGUGAAAAAUGGUGUGUCGAACAUUGGCGACAUCGAGAUCACCGCAAACGGCGAUGUCUGGAUGGGCACCGACGAGGCACCGUCCCCAGUUCAGCCUCCGUCCUCGGCUAGUUCCGGUUUUAGUGACGACGAUAGCCUUCACGGGGAUCUCGGGCUUCAGGCUGUCACAAUGGAACAGUUUAUAGCCGACAUACACUCGAGAGGACGCGCUGGCCUCAUAGCGGAAUACGCUGAGAUUAGACAGAGACCGCCAGAUGGCCAAUUUAAUAAUGCAAAGUUAAAGUCUAAUCAAUCAAAGAAUCGCUACACCGACGUGCUUUGCUACGACCAUACCAGAGUCUGCCUCUCGCAGGUGGACGGGGACGCCACGUCCGAUUAUAUAAACGCGAAUUUCGUCGACGGUUACAAGCAGAAGAAUGCGUUUAUCAGUACUCAGGGUCCUCUCCCGAAAACUUGCGGUGACUUCUGGAGAAUGGUCUGGGAACAGCAGACGCUGGUCGUCGUCAUGACAACGAGAGUGGUGGAACGGGGUCGUACAAAGUGUGCGCAGUACUGGGGCCCAGAACCUGGUGAUGAAGUACAAGCAGGUGGUUUUACCGUCACUACUCUCGAGGUCGAUACGAAUCCUGACUACACAAUAUCCAUGCUUCUCCUUACAAACAAUAAGACUGAUGAGACGCGAGAGGUUUGCCAUAUGCUGUACACAGCGUGGCCGGAUUAUGGUGUUCCUCAGUCAGCUAAGGCUUUAUUACAAUUCUUAUCGUUAGUGCGACAGCAACAGAGCAAGUUACUCGCGAGUAGAGGAGACACUUGGGCCGGACAUCCUCGAGGACCACCUAUAGUUGUACAUUGCAGCGCAGGUAUCGGGAGAACAGGUACAUUUUGCACUUUGGACAUUUGCAUAUCGCGGUUGGAAGACACCGGAACCGUGGACAUCAGAGGAACUGUCGAGAGGAUCAGAGCGCAACGGGCCUACAGUAUUCAGAUGCCGGAUCAGUACGUGUUUUGCCAUCGCGCAUUGGCGGAGUACGCGCUUUCCAGGGGAAUGCUCAGCGCGCAGCAUCUCGCCAUGUUACCUCCGCCGUUCGACGAGGAUUCCGAUUAGAGAGAAAGAAGGAGAGAGAGAGAGAGAGAGAGAGAGAGAGAGAGAGAGAGAGAGAGAGAGAGAGAGAGAGAGAGAGAGAGAGAGAGAAAGUAAUUGCGUGCUCUGCUAUCAUAAUAUCGGAUUGAUGUUCUUCCCGAGUAUGCGUAUAUAGUAACCUCAAAUAGCCUAUUUCUACCUUAAACGACUGAAAGUUACUUUUUGCUAUCAUCCUGGUCGAUGUAACGAUCGGGCUUCUCGCUAUUUUCACGUCAGUCUCGAAAGAACUUCCGACGAAGUUAGAUUAGUUCUUUUCCAAGGCCAAAUGCGAUUGCGAGCUCGGGAAUUUCUACAUUUCUGUUGCUCGCAUCUUGUUCCGAUGAAUCCUACAUAAAGGCGCGUCAAAAGACAUUGAUCAAAAAUGAGUAUCUUAGUAGUGAGAUAUGUAGAAAGAUCUGGCGCACAAAUAGAAUUCGAUCGAUUCUACCUGAACUCUCCCAGAAAUUAUAAAUUACGAUUCGUAUCCGGGGCCUUAAGCAGGAACUCGGUAAAAUGGGCAGCUGUUAAUCUGCCUUACGGAAAUGUGAAGUAAUCAGCAACGUACGAAUAGAAGUUUUCGGGAUAACCAAAGAUUAUCCGCUAUACGAGUUAAAAAAAAAAA